AUGGUAGAGACACGUCAGACUUCACGCCGUCCUGUUCCAACUCCUGAAGGCCAUGUGGAGACUGUCAACGAAACUACGGAUCGCAGAACCCCUCCUCCUCCUCCACAACACCCUCCUCCCCCGACUCCUCAACCACAACCCCCUCGCUCACCGGAACCUGCGGCCAUUACCCCGCAUGCGGCCCAUGAGGCGCUCUGCCGUUUGGAGGCUCGCAUCCGGGCAAUGGAAGAGGACAAUGGGGAGGGGCGAGAGCAGGCCCAUAGUAUGAGAAUCCGAGACGCUCAAGAGGAGAUUCACAUGCUCCGAGCACGCCUGCGACAACUUGAAGAGCAGGAAACUCAAUCACGCCCCCUGCCCGCGUUCUCCCAGGAAGAGGAGACGAACGGGGGCCCGAUCCCACCCCCUAUUACCAGGAAGCGCGUCGCCGGGCACCCGCGGCCGAGCGGGUGGCCAGCCAUACUCCCCGGAGACGCUACUCUCCCCGCCGGAGCCCAUCCAGGCGCCGGAGCCCAUCUCCGACUCGGGAUAGGACGCACAACCGCCCCAGGUCCAACAACGCGCUUGUCACCUAUCCAGCGCCGAUCAGAGGUCCUCUAUCCCCGGAGAUCAUGGCGUUUCCUUUCCCUCAGGGGUGGGCACGGCCCAAAGUGA